UUCUGAAGUGCGCAAGCGCGCUUGUGUCUGGCGGUAUUGCUUGUUGCCGGUUACUGAGAAGUGGCAGCUACCAAAAGGCGGAUCCUCACUGCUGGGGUGUUGUGGCCAGGCGGGUUUGGCCUGUCUCCGGCGCUAGUGUUGGGCUCGGGAGGUAGUGGAAAGGGAGGGCGGGGUGAAGUCUCUGUGGAGCCCGCAGGCUUCACAAUGAAGAGGAAUUGGGGGUUCGGGAGGGAGAAGGGCAUGUCGCCCUUGGGCUCCGCUUCUGGCUUGCAGAGGCAGGGCAGGGGCGUUGGGCAGAAGAACAAUGGAAUUGACAACUUGCUGCUGGGUUACCAUGUCCAAGACAGAGAUCUCAGAAAGAUCCACAAGGCUGCCUGUGUGGGCAACGCAGCGCAAGUGCAGCAGAUUCUGUUCUUCGCGGAAAAUGGCGUGGAUGAUAGAGACAAAAUGAACAGGACUGCUCUCCAUUUGGCCUGUGCCAAUGGCCAUCCAGAAGUGGUGAGCCUCCUAGUAGAGAGGAAAUGUCAUCUUAACCUCUGUGAUCAUGAAAACAGGACAGCUCUCAUGAAGGCCGUACAGUGCCAGGAAGAGAAAUGUGUAAACAUACUAUUGGAAAAUGGUGCCGAUCCAAAUAUUAGGGAUGUGAGUGGCAACACUGCUCUCCACUAUGCGGCCUUUGGUGAUAAUAUAUCCAUAAUAGAGAAGCUGCUGCUAUACAAUGCGAAUACUGAAGCAAGAAAUAAGGAUAACAUCACACCACUUCUAGUUGCCAUAAAUGAAAACAAACAGCAAAUAGUGGAAGUUCUGGUAGAAAAGGCAGCAAAUAUACAUGCAGAGGAUAAAUUAAAAAGCAAUUAUGAAAUAAUUUGCCGACAUAAAGAAGAAAUCAUGCUUAAAAAUUCUUUGCACAACAGCAAUCCUGGAUCAGAUGAGAAGGCUGAGGAAGACUCUAUAACCAGGCUUUCUGACAAACCUGGUCCUGAUGAUUCAUGGCCUACAUCAUCUAGCCAAGUCUUACAUUUUGGUACCAAGGAAGGAACAGCAAAGUCAGCAAUGGAAGCAAAGGGAGAUGGUGUUGGUAUUAUUGAAAAUGUGCCACCCAAGCAAACAGUUAAUGACAGUUUGACUUCUGCUGGUGGAGUGCAUAAAAAUUAUAGAAGUGAUAUCAUGUCAGCAUUAGAAUUAGGAGAAGAGGAAGAUGUAGAAUCACCUUCUCUUCCUGAGUAUCAAGUUCCAUUAAAGGUUGAAGAAAAAAAGAAGCACAGAGGAAGUGACAUAGAAGUAUCAGAAAACAUACAUGAUGCUGCGGCUGCUGGAUUAAUUCCACAAAGACAGAAUGGAAAAACUGAUAACCAUCAAUUGCCUAUUACAGAAAAUAAAGAUUCUGAUAGGAGGGAACCUGGUUUACAUAUGAAGAAGUUAAAGAAAGGUGAAAAUGAAAAAGGGACAUCAAAAGGAUCUGUGAUCACACCAGUGUUGCAGAAGGCAGAUUCCCUAACUGGUGGUCCACUACAAAAGAAUGAUGGCAGCCAUUUCAGUGAAAAGGAUCAGCAUGAAAGCAGACCUGCAAAGAAAAUUUCUAAGAAAAAGAACAAGGUCAAAAAGCAAAUUACCUCUAUGGAUGACCUUGUCGACUUCAUUCAGUCAUCUGAAACAGCUUCAGAGCAUUGUGAGUUGCCUUACUCUAAGAAUUUCAUGUUGCUGAUUGAACAACUUGGCAUGGAUUGUAAAGAUUAUGCUGGCUUCUUGAAAAUCCGAGAUAUAUGUGUUUCUUAUGAGAAAUUAAGGAAACUUAACAAAAAUCACUGUAAACUUCUUAUGGGAAAAAUGACAGAAAUGGACAAAGUGGUUAGUGCACUACAGAACGAGCUACGAGAAGCCAAAGACAUGAUAUCACGGUUAGAACAUCAAAAAGUGGAAUGGGAACGUGAAUUCUGCAGUUUGAGAUGUACCUUAAAACAAGAAGAAGAAGAAGAAAGAAGAAAUGCUGAUAUGUUAUAUGAAAAUAUUAGGGAAAAGUUAAGAAGAAAAGAAGACGAAUAUAAGAAAGAAGUUGAAACAAAACAACAAGUUGAACUCGCUCUUAGAACGCUAAACAUGGAAUUGAAGGCCACCAAAAAUCAGGUUGUAGAAGAGCGCAGUGACACUCAGUGGCAACUUUCUCCAGAUCAGAAGGCCAGAGUCUUACAAGAUGGAAGUCCAAACAAUCACCUUUACAAGCAAAAGGAGCUAGAAAUGGCUCAUAAGAAAACUAGUUCUAAGGUAGUUGCAAGACAACUUCAACAAGAACUGGCUGAUACUCUGAAGAAACAGUCUAUGUCAGAGGCUUCCCCAGAGGUUACAUCAUAUCUUUGUCUGGAAGAUGAAACACGGGAUCUCAAGAAGAAAUUAGCUCAAAUCAGAAGUCAGUUGCAAGAAGAACAGGAACGACAUGGAGAGGCCGUAAGAUAUGCUGCGGAGAAGAAAGAUCAUGUGCAAAAGCUACAGGUUAAAAAUGCCACACAAGAAGCAACCAUCAAACAUCAAGCGGCCCAAAUUCAAUAUCUUGAGAGCAACGUGAUAAAGACAAGUUUGGCUGAUGUCCUUACAACAGAACUGGAAACUACAUCUUCAAAAUGUCUACACAUGGAUGCAAAAAAUCAAGUUCUUCAACAAGAGUUAUUAUCAAUGAAAGCUUUCGAAGAAGAACGUGAAAAACUAGAGAGCAACAACAAGAAGUUACAGCAAGAAGUAGUAAAAUUGAAACAAUUUAUGGAAAUGAAUAUGGUAGAACGCGGUCAAGUGGAACAGUAUAAACGGGAGAUUGAAGAAAGAGCACGACUGGACAUAGAAGAAAAAUUACACGAAGUCAACCUGUUUUUACAGGCACAAGCAGCAGCUCGAGAAAAUUUGGACCAGGUAAGAGAAAAUGCUCAUGCUUCAACGAGAAGUCAAAUGGAACUUAGAAUUAAAGAUCUGGAAUCUCAGCUCUCUACAAUGAAGAUGUCUCAAGAAGAUUCGACUAAAACAGAGUUGGAAACCUACAGGCAACUCUACCUAGAAGAAUUAAAAGUUAGAAAGUCCUUGAGAAAUAAGCUGAACAGGACUAAUGAGAGACUGUCAGAGAGCAAUACAAAACUUCUUGUGGAGAGACAGCAGCACCAAACUUUACUCAGGACCCUUACUAUGAGCCCAGGCCUGGAACCACCUUAUUGUGGACAUUUUGAAAAUAAUUUAGUGCUCAAUGGAAACCUUACUCCAAGAGGAAACUUAGUGAUUCCUACCUUAAACCCACGGCCGUCAUAUGACGACAGGGAGACUUCCUUGUGGAAGACGCAGCGGGAGUUGGAGAAAAGAAUAACCAGAGCACUAGAAGAAGGUAUCAGCUGACAUAUCACCUUCACCAAAGAGCAGACAAUAUUGACACAAAACUGGGAUGUCCCUUCCGUAUGUUCCAGUAGUGCUAUGUUUCAUACCUGUCACUUAUAUCUGUAUACUUGGCUCUGUUUGGAAAUGCCUGUUUGAUUUUUCGGUUUAUAGUUUAUGAUUGUUCAGGGUGGACUGUGUCCUCAUCUUGUACUUUCAUCUUGUAAUGAAAAAAACAGAAACUCUGACAUUUAUCCACAAUAGCAAUUAAUUCAGUGUGCAACCCUGAGCAAAAUAUAUUUAAUACUAAUCUUGGGUUUCAUAUUGCAGUUGUACAUAGGUAUUUUUCAUUUUUCUUAACACUCAUAAAGGCCCCAACUUUUUU